AUGGCGGAGCAGCGAGUGGCGGUGAUGGGUGGUGUGUUGUGGCAGCUCCGCUGCCCCUCCAUUGUGUUUUAUCGGUGUGAACUUAGAGAGAGUGGGGCAAGGAAGAUGGCAGGUGGUGAUGAAGGUUUCUCAUUGGUGUUGGAGGUUUGGGUUGUCCUCGGGAGGGAGAGUGGUGGUGGUGUUGUUUAUGCUCGAGUUGGUACCACCGAGAUGAAGAAGAGAAGGCUUGGCCUUUGGCUGUCUCCACUACAUGAACCAAGAGUUGCCAAGCUUGACCGAUUCGAUGGUCAGAAUUACACCCGUUGGACCGACAAGGUCAGAUUUAUGCUUAAUGUGCUGAAGCUCGCCUAUGUUUUGGACCCAAAACUGAACCUAAUUCAUGCUAAUCCAAUUCACGAGGAGGGGAAAACUGUGCAUCCAAUGAUCAUCUCUGAUCUGGAAAAGCAAAGGGCUCUUCAUAGGAAGAUAAGGAAUUGUGUGUGGGUCAUAUCAAGAGCUCACUGUCUGAUCGACUCUCUGAUCUUUACGCGCCGAUCAAACAUCUGA